AUGGCGCAGUUUGCAGCCAACAAGAAGAAACUGUCGAUCACAUCAGACCUGUUUGAUCCGAAGCAGCAACACGAGGAGACGUUGAAGGAAUUUCAAAGGUUCAACGAGGUUGCUUUGAGGAUAACGUCUUUGGAUGAAAGGAUGGCGGUCAUCGCGUUUCAGAAAGGUCUAAGGUCUGGUGCUUUUGACAUCUCGCUUGAGAGGGCAAAUUGCAAAACGAUGUCGGAGAUGAGAGCUUUCUCCCUGAGUCACAUCAAGACUGAGGAAGGACAAAUCUAUAAAAGGGCAGCUGAAAGCCGAGAAGCAGGAGGUAGCAAUAAGGAGAGCAACAAACAUCUCCGACCACGUUCAGAUUGGAGUAAGCGACGUGACCAUUAUAAUGUGAAGGAGGGCAAUUACCGACAGAUCGAUCAUGGUGGUCGGCCAAGGGGCGAGUGGACACGCACCAACGACGAAGAGAAUUUUACUCCGCUCAAUGUUCCUAGGAGGCAGAUACUUCAUGAUGUCAACACUGCAUCAUUGUUUGAAUUUCUAGCAGCGACGGAGUGUCAGUUGGGUCCCUUCAAGAUCGACUGGUGUGAGUUUCAUAGGACUCAUGGACAUACAACCGAAAAUUAUCUUGUCCUUGGUAGGCAGAUUGAACGCCUGAUCAAGGAAGGGCGCCUGAAAUUCGUAGCAAGGAAACAAAAGGAAGGCUCAUCGGAUAGGCGACACAGACAUACGCAGGAUGACACAAAGAGGGAUCGACAUAGAGAAAGGACCCCCUUCAAGGACCCUCCAACAAGGGCGUCAGAAGUCCAUCAACAGGUGAUUCACGGGGAUUUCAACACAGUGGCAGGGGGAUUUGCGGGAGGAGGCGUCACCUCAACUGCUCGAAAAAGGUAUACAUGCUCCGUCCUGUUGGUGUUGAAAUUUCACCGAUCCCCCCAACCAUCGAUUUCCUUCUCGGAUGCUGACUACAAAGGAGUGGCCCCUCAUGAGGAUGAUCCUAUUGUCGUCUCGACAAUAGUGAUGGGAUAUAAUGUCAAGCGUGUUCUGGUCGACCAGGGAAGUUUGGCCGAUAUCCUCUUUUGGGAAACCUUCGUGGGAAUGAAGAUCCCCAACGACCGACUAGUACCCUACACGGGAACCCUAGUAAGUUUUGCAGGAGAUCAGGUUAUGGGUCAGUUCCAUUGA